AUGGCUUUAUCUUUGCUCUUGGCUGUAGUUUGUGCAAAGCCCCUGGUGAGCCGCGCCGAGCUAAGGCGGAUUCAGGCUCUCAAUCCUCCAUGGAAAGCAGGGAUGCCAAAAAGGUUUGAAAACGUCACAGAAGAUGAAUUUCGUAGCAUGCUGAUCCGUCCCGACCGUCUUAGAGCAAGAUCUGGCUCUCUACCACCAAUUUCGAUAACAGAAGUCCAGGAACUCGUAGAUCCUAUUCCGCCUCAGUUCGACUUCCGUGAUGAGUACCCUCAGUGCGUGAAACCAGCGCUGGACCAAGGAAGUUGCGGGGGAUGUUGGGCAUUCUCAGCUAUAGGAGUGUUCGGGGACAGGCGCUGUGCGAUGGGCAUCGAUAAGGAGGCCGUCUCCUACUCGCAGCAACACCUCAUAUCCUGCUCACUAGAGAACUUUGGCUGUGAUGGAGGCGAUUUUCAACCGACAUGGAGCUUUCUAACUUUCACAGGAGCAACCACAGCUGAAUGCGUUAAGUACGUUGACUAUGGUCACACCGUAGCGUCUCCGUGCCCUGCGGUCUGUGACGACGGAUCUCCGAUACAGCUCUACAAGGCACAUGGAUAUGGACAGGUGAGCAAGAGUGUUCCGGCCAUAAUGGGAAUGCUCGUCGCUGGCGGACCGCUGCAGACCAUGAUCGUCGUGUACGCUGACCUGUCGUACUAUGAAAGCGGUGUCUAUAAACACACCUAUGGAACCAUCAAUCUUGGGUUCCAUGCUUUGGAAAUAGUUGGCUACGGGACCACUGAUGACGGGACGGACUACUGGAUUAUAAAGAACUCCUGGGGCCCCGAUUGGGGCGAAAACGGGUACUUCCGGAUUGUCCGCGGAGUCAAUGAGUGCAGGAUAGAGGAUGAAAUCUAUGCUGUAUAUCUUGACUAG